UACUUCCCUUGUCGACUUCAGCGUGACUUCAACUAGGCUAGCAAAACAAGUAUUGAUGUGUGCUAAAUAAGGCACCAUGGCCAAUCUAGAGCAGUGGGUGAAUGACCGUCUCCAUGACAUCCUCGGGUUGAGUGACAGAUAUGUGUCUCAGUUCAUGAUCGGCACUGCACGGAAAGCAUCGAGUCCUGAAGAUUUUGUGACUCGUCUUGAGCAGACAGGAACGAUAGACAUUGACCAGAGCGUAACUGCAUUUGCAAAGGAGCUCUUCGGCAAGAUUCCACGCAAACAGAUUGUUGAGAAACCAUCCCGAGCUGUAGAACGACAAGCCAUUGAAAUGGAGAGGAAAAAUCGGACGUACACGUUACUGGAGGACAGUGAGGAUGACGAAGACACUGCGAGGGAGAAGCACAAAGAAAAGAAAAACAAAGACAAGGAGAGAGGAAACAAGAGGAAGCACCUCAGGCAGAAGAAAGGGAGUGAGUCAUCUAGUGAGGAUGAAGCACCUAAAAGGGAUAAUUUGGGCCAAAGAGACAACAAGUCUGUGAAGAAGGAAGAGGAGGAAGAGGAAGAAUGGGAGAAGGAAGAGAGAGAGCGACUGCAAGAUAUUGAGGAGAGGGAUGCGUUUGCCCAAAGAGUGAGACAAAAAGACAAAGACAAGACGCGCAACAUAGCUGAGAGGACUGACAAGAAGGCUUAUGAGGAAGCCCAGAAGAGACUGAAGAUGGCUGAAGAUGAUCAGAAGAACAUGUUGCCAGAGUUGAGAAAGCGCUCUCGCUGGGAAUAUCUAAAGAAGAGGGAGGCGGAGAAACUGGAGGAUCUGGAAGCAGAGAUCAUUGAUGAGGAGUACCUGUUCUCUACAGACGAGCUGACUGAGAGGGAGAAAAGGGAUUUGGAAUACAAACGCACCCUUCGGGAUCUGGCUAAAGAUUACAAAAGGGCUGGGGCGAAGGAACAAGAGGAGAGGAAGAACCGAUACUACAUGCCAGAAGAGAAGAGAAGCAAGGAAGUGCCUCAGAGGGACCUGGAAUUGGAGGAAACUCCCAUGGAGCUGGGAGGAGAGCAGGGCCGUUGGGAGGAGGAGAGACUGAAGACAGCCUCCCUCAGCUUUGGUGCCAAGAAGGAGCGUGAACAAGGGAUGAGGCAGGAGCAGGAGAAGUACCAGCUGAUCCUUGAGGAGGACGAGAUGAUCGACUUUGUCAGCACUGCCAUCACCAUGAAAGGAACGCGGACAGAGAAGGAUCAGGAUACGCCGGCUUUGUCACAGGCAGAGUUAAAGAAACAGUCCAUGCAGGAGGUCCGACGCAGCCUGCCCAUCUUCCCCUACAGAGAAGACCUGCUGGCUGCCAUCCACGAGCAUCAGAUCCUGGUCAUUGAAGGGGAGACAGGCUCAGGAAAGACCACCCAGAUCCCACAGUACCUCCUGGAAGAUGGCUACACUAAAGGAGGCAUGAAGAUCGGAUGCACGCAGCCUCGCAGAGUGGCAGCCAUGUCAGUGGCAGCCAGAGUGGCAGAGGAAAUGAGCGUCAAGCUUGGUAAUGAGGUGGGUUACAGUAUUCGUUUUGAGGACUGCACAUCAGAGAGAACUGUGCUCAAGUACAUGACGGAUGGCAUGCUGCUCCGGGAGUUUCUCACAGAACCCGAUCUGGCCAGCUACAGUGUGAUCAUCAUAGACGAAGCCCAUGAGCGAACACUCCACACUGACAUCCUCUUUGGUCUGAUUAAAGACAUCGCCAGGUUCAGAUCAGACCUAAAGGUGCUGGUCGCAAGCGCCACUCUGGAUACCGAGCGUUUCUCCUGCUUCUUUGAUGAUGCUCCUGUUUUCAGGAUUCCUGGCAGGAGAUUCCCAGUCGAUAUUUAUUACACCAAAGCUCCAGAGGCAGACUACCUGGAAGCAUGUGUGGUGUCAGUGCUACAGAUCCACGUCACGCAGCCUCCUGGAGACAUUCUGGUCUUCCUCACUGGACAGGAGGAGAUUGAAGCAUGUUGUGAGCUGCUCCAGGAGAGAUGCAGGCGGCUCGGAUCCAAGAUUGCUGAGCUCCUGGUUCUUCCCAUCUAUGCCAACCUGCCGUCUGACAUGCAGGCGAAGAUCUUCAAUCCUACUCCACCUGGAGCACGAAAGGUGGUGGUAGCUACCAAUAUCGCAGAAACCUCACUGACCAUAGAUGGCAUCAUUUACGUCAUUGACCCUGGUUUCUGCAAACAGAAGAGCUACAACGCCCGCACAGGCAUGGAGUCGCUGAUUGUUACACCCUGCUCACGGGCUUCAGCCAACCAGAGAGCAGGACGUGCAGGCAGAGUGGCUGCUGGGAAAUGUUUCCGACUUUACACGGCCUGGGCUUUUAAACACGAGAUGGAGGAAACCACUGUGCCUGAGAUUCAGAGGACCAACUUGGGAAAUGUAGUCCUGCUUUUAAAAAGUCUAGGUAUUAAUGACCUCAUUCAUUUUGACUUCAUGGACCCUCCUCCUCAUGAGACUCUGGUCUUGGCCCUGGAGCAGCUCUACGCCCUGGGAGCCCUAAACCACCUGGGAGAGCUCACAAAGCUGGGGCGUAGGAUGGCUGAGUUGCCGGUGGAUCCCAUGCUGAGCAAGAUGAUCCUGGCCUCUGAGCAGUAUAAGUGUUCAGAGGAAGUGUUGACGAUAGCGGCCAUGCUGUCAGUGAACAACUCCAUUUUCUACCGGCCCAAAGACAAGGUGGUUCACGCAGACAAUGCCAGGAUGAACUUUGUGGUGCCGGGAGGUGACCACCUGGUGCUGCUGAACGUCUACACACAGUGGGUGGAGAGCGGCUACUCCACCCAAUGGUGCUACGAGAACUUCAUCCAGUUUCGCUCCAUGAGAAGAGCCCGGGACGUGAGGGACCAGCUGGAGGGUCUGAUGGAUCGCAUCGAGGUGGAAGUGGUCAGCUCUCAGGGAGACAGUAUCCCCAUUCGCAAGGCUGUGACGGCUGGAUAUUUCUAUCACACAGCGCGACUGAGCAAAGGCGGCUACAAGACAGUGAAGCACCAGCAGACGGUGUACGUCCACCCCAACAGCUCUCUGUUCGAGGAGCAGCCCCGCUGGCUCAUCUACCACGAGCUGGUCUUCACCACCAAGGAGUUCAUGAGACAGGUGAUUGAGAUAGAGAGCGGCUGGCUGCUUGAAGUGGCUCCUCACUACUACAAGAGCAAAGAGCUGGAGGACAGCAGCAGCAAGAAGAUGCCCCGCAAGCAGGGCAAAACAAAAGAGGAGCUGGGCUGAAGUGUCGAAGGCUCACGGGACUGAUGCCAGGAAUAAAAGGUGCAGGGACGCACAGAUGCUCCUCUCUCAGGGCAGGGCAAACAUAGGAAAAUACAUGAAAAUAAAGUGUCAGCACAUAAACACAGUUUAAAAUGUGAAAACGGUGUCUGCUGUAGAUUCAUGUAGAAUUUUUGACAGCACUAGGAGCAAAUUUGGACCAUAUUAUACCUUGAAUGUACUCAUAGACAAAGAUGAGUUCAGUAAGAUGUGGGCCAACGCUUACUGACUGGUUUAAUCAUAAACCAGCUGUCUGCCAGCCACAACAAGGAAAAUUAAUGAUCUGAGUCUCUCUCAUCAACAACAGCAGUAUUGACUCACCAGGAGGGUGUGUCAGUUUAUAAAUAAGACUGUUUUCUUGGUGCUUUUCAGACUGAAUGGUGGCCUGCCCUAAAUAAUGGGGCUUUGUCAAAUUGUGCAUUUGUAAAAGCAGCACAGGGUUAAAGUGUGAAGCUGAAAAGACAAACAUCCAAAUAAUGAGUUUCACCUGCACGUGAGGCUCCUUAUCGUUGUUUUCAUUAUUCAGGGCAAUAAAGUUUUACAACCACCCGUUUUUUUCUCAGGGUAUUUACAGGAUGAGGAGUAGUCAUCAUAUCUUCAUUUACCGUCUUUCAAGAUGUUUUUUUUUUAUCCGGGUUUAAUGUGCACUGGGAAGUUCACUAUUGUGAAACAAGUUGGAUUAAGAUGCCUCAUUUGGAUGACCUGUGAUCUUGUUGUUUCCGUGGUGAAGGAACUGUGAGUUUACUGUAAAGAUCUUUUAUUAGUAUUGUAGACUGAUCAACCGCCACAUUAAAACUACAUGCCGGA